ACUCCCUUGUCUGUCUUCUCACUCUCUGACUUAUCAGUGACAUGAUCAGGUUUGCUGUCGGCUAAAGGCAAUUUCGAUUGCGCCUGACAUUGCGGCCUGAUUUGCCGCUUAUUAAUUUAACACUUAACGGCUGUCGGUUCGUGGACAAUCAGUUGAGAAUUGACUGGCUCAAUAAAGACAGAGCAGAGGUUGGAAUUAAAAGUGGUUAUUGAUAAAAGUAUAACGUCGCCAGCCUGUUGAAUACUAUAACUUCUAUCAUCUUGCAAAAACAUAUAUUCAUAAAUUCAUGGAUACAUACCUUUAUCUUUUGAUACGAUAAAUUUGGAAUCUAAAUUGCAGAUAGAGAAGCACGGGACUUAUAAGAGAUUUAAUACAAUAUUGAACUUGUCUGCGCAGUAAGAUGUUUGGUUUUAUUGUCGGGAGUUUUCCCAUAAAAUGUCUCUAAUAUUGCUGGAAUUGUACUAAAUUAUCAUUAGUUCACUGUUUUGAUGUCACACAAGCACUGUGUAAAUUACGAUUUUCCAAGAAAUGCAUGGAACGUUACCACUCAAGUGUAGUUUUUUUCAUUUUGUGUUUUAAGGAUUAGUAAAAAAUACAAUGAAGUGUGUGUUAACGCUUGUGGUGUUUGUGAUUUGCUGGUCUAUGUCUGAACCAUAUCAAGGAAGAAUACCAGUCGGUUCUAUAUUUGAGCAUGGUGAACCAGAGGCAAAGACGGGCUUUUUGUUUGCUAUUGCCAAUUUCAACAAACGGAAAGAUGAACAGUUCAAAUUAACAUCGUUCGUUGAAGUGAUACACGUGAAGGACAGUUUUGAACUAGCUACUUCAAUUUGUAAACAUAUGGAAACAGGCAUCUUUAUGUUAUUUGGCCAAAGAAGAAUUGAGUCUAGUAACACCAUAGAAGCAUAUACGACGAAGUUCCAUGUACCGUAUGUAUCUCCUAGCUUCGCAGAUAACGUGCCUCACGAACUCCCCACAUUUCAGCUCCACAUGCGGCCUUCUCACACUCGAGCUCUUGUCGAUCUCAUUAAACACUACGGAUGGAAAACAUUUCACUACGUGUAUGAUUCAGAAGAAGGUUUAUAUCGUCUACAAGAAAUUCUGAGGAUAUUUGCGGACAGCAGAUAUUCAGUGCAGGUGCGCAUGCGAAGGCUAGUAGAUGUAAGGAGCGCACACGAAGAUCUUAGAGCACUUGACAAGAUGGAAGAGCCAGACAACGGUACCGAGAAAUACAUUGUCUUGGAUUUGUCAAGAGAAAGUCAUUAUCAUGCAGUGUUACAACAGGUCCGCGAGGUUGGAAUGAAUAAACAUGGAUACAACUAUAUUUUAGGAACUUUGGAUUUUCUCAUCUUGGAAACGGAACGUUAUCAACAUGGCGGAGUAAACAUCACAGGAUUUCAGUUGGUCAAUUAUUCCUCAACAUAUGUAAAAAAGUUUUUGAAACCGUGGAGAACACUUGAUCCCAACAUCUGGCAUAGUGCAGGAAAUAACAGUGUUCCGAUCGAGGCGGCGUUAGCAUACGAUGCUGUACAAGUGAUUCACAAGACGUUAGCACAACUGAUAUCCAAUUCCACAAAGAUAUUCAAACAUACAUUCAGACGCGGCCACGUGUAUAACUACAACAGGACAAAAGGUGUUCCGUGUGAAAGUGACGAUCCACUGAUGCCUCUUGUACCUUGGAUGCAUGGGGAAGCUAUAAUGGAUGGGAUGAAAAAGCUUCAUUUUGAUGGUGUGACGGGAAAUAUAGAAUUCAAUGAAUACGGCUUUAGAAGAAACUACAAGUUUGAUGUCUACAAUGUUGGGCUAAACAAUGGUCCAAAUAAGAUUGGAAUAUGGGACAAUCGUGGUGGAGUAUACAAAGAUGGGGAUGAAUGCCUACCGGAAGUUAAUAUGACCGAUGGUGUUAGCGUCUACAGAGUUACAUCUAUAGCGGACGAGCCGUUUUUGAUGAUAAAAAAGGAAAACAAAGAUGGAGUGCCUUAUGUAGGAAAUGAAAGGUAUGAAGGUUAUUGCGUGGAUUUAGCUAAAAUGGUAGCUAAACGUGUGGGUUUUGAAUACAAAAUACAGCUGGUGAAGGACAAAAAGUAUGGAGCACUUGAGAAAACUGUUGACAAUGUGACAAGAUGGAAUGGGAUGAUUGGAGAACUCGUCAGAAAGGAGUCAGAUAUAGCAAUAGCGCCACUUUCCAUUACAAGUAUUAGAGAAAGCGUGGUUCAUUUUUCUAAACCAUACAUGGAUGUUGGUAUUAGCAUAAUGAUAAAGAAACCAGAUAAAGAAAAACCAGGUGUAUUUUCAUUCAUGCAACCAUUCACAUGGCAGUUUUGGAUGUGUAUUAUUUUCGGUUACUUCUCAGUGGGUGUCGGUAUUUUCCUCGUGAGUAGAUUUAGUUCUGCAGAGUGGAGGCGUAUGACAAUGAAUCGUAAAAUGACAUACAACAACUUCACAUUGGCCAACUCAUUAUGGUUUGCAAUGGGUUCUUUGAUGUUACAAGGAAGUGACGAAUCUUGUCCAAGAUCUGCAUCUGGAAGAAUCAUAGGAGGUGCAUGGUGGUUUGCCUGUUUGAUUACAAUAUCUUCGUAUACUGCCAACCUGGCAGCAUUUCUCACUAUAGAAACAUUGUCGACACCUAUAGAAUCUGCAGAUGAUUUGGUUAAGCAGAGUGAUAUAGCAUAUGGAACAUUGAAUUCUGGUUCAACACAAACCUUCUUCAGGGACUCUAAAGUUUCAACGUAUAAACAGAUGUGGAUUUACAUGGAGUCCAACCCAACUGUUUUUGUAGAAAACAUAGAUGAAGGGAUAAAGAGAGUACGUAACUCAAAAGGAAAAUAUGCAUUUUUGAUGGAGUCAGUUUAUAACGAAUAUGCAAACAACAGAAAGCCAUGUAAUACUAUGAAGGUGGGCCACAAUCUCAACUCUAAUCAUUAUGGGAUAGCCACACGAAGAAAUUUGCCGUUAAGAGAUGAUAUAACUCUAGCUGUUUUGAGCUUAACAGAAGAUGGUACAUUAGAAAGAAUGAAGAAAGAUUGGUGGGAGAUAAAAGGAGAAUGUGGUUUUGACACCGGUCAUAGAGAAUCUAAGAAGAAAAGUCUUUCACUGAGCAACGUUGCGGGAAUAUAUUUCAUUCUCAUAGCCGGUUUAGUUUUAGCAAUCAUAGUUGGUGUAUGCGAAUUUAUGUAUAUCAAAUCUAAACCAGAAAGAGUGCCUUCGGCUAUGAUUUACAUGAUGCCUAGUAUGGACACGGCAGAUUGCAUGGAGGACGACGUUCCGGAAGAGGUUAAACAGAUGUAUAUGGGAAAUCAUAAAGCUACUAAUGGUCCGGCUUCUCCAGUAAAUGGAAACGCUGGUCACAACAAUCAUUUUAGAUACGAUUCAACCUACAGCCCUCCUCGGAUCACCUUUAACACAGAUUCAAACACCGCCGUUUGAGAGUUAAUUAUGUACGAAGAGAGUGAGUGAUCAGACUGAAAAGAUUUGUGUAAACAUGGCAGGUGUUCAUACAUCGACACAUUAUAUUGUUUAAACUUUACAAUGUGGGGGGAGAAAAGAAAAAAACGUGACAUAAAUGUUGGAAGAAGUUCAGAUAUUAGUGAUUCGUUGAGUAUUUUGUGCUAACGUAACAAAGAAACAAAGGUCCAUCUUUGUUAAUCUGAAAUUAUUUAAGUGGAUGAGAUAUAUCUAUUACGAAACAAUGAAAUGUUUCGUAAUACAUUGCUAUAAGUCCUCUAAGCGAGAAGUUGCAUUUCAAAUGUGUUCCUACGAAAUCAGAUUGACUUUGUUAACAUUUCGAAAUGCAGAGAAAAAAGUUGAUAGUACAAUCGGCAGUGAAAUUUUAACAUAAAUGGUUUUUACUGGUUUUAUAAUGUAAAUACGUAUAGAUGUAAUGUAAAAAAUUAUUUUCCCUUAUUCUUUACCCUGUUCAUCGGAAUUGUCAACAACAUCCCAUAAAAUUGUGCUAAUCAUCAAAAUGCCAAAAAUAUUGUCAUAGCUAGGAAAUAAUGUGUGUUAUUUCAAACUUGUGGAAAUGUUUGACUUGACCUAUUUAUUAUUUGGUAUAUUUGCACAAUAGUUUACAUAAAAUGUUAUAUAUUUUUAUGUUAUAUGUAUUAUUGACCUAAAAUCAUGUAAAAUGUUCGUUUUGAAAAAAAAUGAAAGUAACCACUUGUAUUAUGAUAUUCUGUUCCUUGCAAUAAUGUAUCAUGACUUUGUUAGAAAUAGGAAUCUCUGAAUGACGAUCUUAAAAGUUUUUAAAUUCCCGUAAUAAUAGACCCCUACCGGUGCUUCACCAUCAGUCCGUCAGUAACAUAAAGCGGGAUCCAGCGAAAACAACCUUAAAUGUACAAGUAGGUGACAACAUAGACGAAAUGCACGUCCAUAAGCCAAACAAAGUUGGAUCCUGCAAUUACUUCAAACGUACACACUAUUCCUUGUGAAAUUUGGAUGAAUGGCAAUUUUAGGGCAGGCACAUCCUAUUAUUCUGUUGCUUUUGCAACGAUUGUCGUUGCUAUACCAACAAAUUUACCAAACAAAUGUGACAGAUACUUUAAAAAGUACUAGAUGGUAAAUACGCACGUCCUUUUUAUUACAAGGAGAACAGUUGUGGUUACUACGACAAAUAGUCCAAAAUUAUGCCAUUGAGUGGAUCCUGUGAAAACUUAUGCUUGAUUAUUUGUUAUAUCAAUUUGAAUAUCUUGAUCCUACGGUCAAAUGUCACAACGACUUUCAAUAAGAAAAUAGCGCUUUAUGCGACAUUUUCACGUAGACGUUGAUAAAACUUUUCAUAUAUCUUCAGUCAUAUGACCAAAUAUAAAGAGUGGAUCUGUGUGCUCAAGUUUUCACAAUUCGAAAAAACAUCAGUUGCAAUCCUUAUCCUGUUGUUUUAGGUUAUCAUUUACAACGUUAACAAACCCUAUCUAUUGUUAAAAUUAACCUUAAGAGACACUGUGCGUAAACACUUAAUACACGGGAUGUAAUUGGUUCCUGGCAACUUCUAUGCCAUCCGUAUUACGGCUACCGGGAAUUAUUAACAUUGUCCUGAUAAAUGGUGUUAUGCCGUAACGGUUAUUACACAUUUAGAGCUACCUCAACUGAUAGUGUGUUGGAUUGUUUGUUAGAGAUUCAUAGGGCGGGGAUAAUGGUCAUUUACUCUGUUCUGUAAUAUGGUAAUAGCGUGGGAAGAGAGACAUGUCCUCGCAGCUGUGUUUAUAUUAAAUGGGACAUAAAACCGUAAAUAUUAAAGUUGAAAAAGACAAAAGUUAACGAGAAAAUUCAACAUUCAAAGAAUGAGGUCGCCCAUACAUCACACCACAUGUAGCUUUAUAGAAUAUGUAAACAUACUUAAAUAAAACUAAAAUCAUACCUAUAACAAAUAAAACGGAGAAGGAUCAUAGUAGCUAAUCACCGCCUUAAAAUGGCCAAUGGCGAAUCCGCCUCUGAGAAUUCAAGCCAACACAAACGCCAGACACGAUUCUAAAUUUAAGAUGUAUUCCUCUAUUACAAACAGUUCGAAUCAUAAACACAGCAGUAACGGAAAAACACAGCGUUAAAUACAAAUAUGCUUAUGUACAAUUCGAAGGCCAUAGAAUUGUAAAAGAUUGUAAAAAAAAUAAUUUUUCAACAGACAGAGCACCAAGAGGAUCUCUCUUACAUAACGAAACGGGAUCAAUUUUCAUACCAUUGCAUCCUGUUGGGGAUUUUAGGGUUAUGUAAUGAGAUCCACCACCUUUUCCGUCUAUGUAGAAUUAACGAGGAAAUUCUAGUUACCAAUUUAAAAAUGGCUUUACUAAUGCCAUUUGCUGUCUCAGAACAACACGAUCAUUGACUAAUGAAGUAAAACAUGACUUUAAACAUUAACAUAUAUAUAAUAACGGUAGCAAUACUGAAGAGACAGUAUUGCACGAUAAGACUACUUACUGGCAAAUUGAAUAAGCUUAAACGGUAAUUGCAAGAGUAAUGAUUUUUCAUGGUUAUUCAGAUAUAAAGGAUGUAGAUGAGCCUUAAUGAUACACAAUGUGUAGGGAAUGGACGCUUUUGAAGGCCAUUAGUUUAACGAUUUUUAGGACGCAUACUUGACACAUAGAUAAAAUGUUCCAUUAAGGCCCAAAUCCUUGCUGUAAGUACUAUAGUAAUCAGUAAGACCGUUUGUCCAUUCGCUCGUUUAUAUGUCUGUCCGUUUCCGGACAGUUUCUUGUUCCGGCCAAACUUUUUCUUAAGAGAGGGAAACGUUUCUAACUGGCUGAAACUAUUCAGGAUAGUCAUUGACAGAGAGUGCAGUGUAUACGGUCCAUAACUUAACCAUGCAUAUUUUUAAUCAUUCCUUUCAUUAUAACAAGCUAUUCUAUUCAAUAAUCUAAAUUAUCAAUCAAUACUGUAUAAUUUAGAAGUCUUUUAACAAACUUCUUUGAACUAAAUUAUUGCCGACUUAUAAAAAAUUAGUUAGAAAUAAACAAAGUUAUUUAGGUAACAACAUUUUUUUCCAGAGUGCAAUAGGCCUGCCAAAUAAUGUCUGUAGUACCAUAUCGAAAUGCUAAAUAUUGUGCUUCUGACAUAUAUUAUUUAAGGCUGCUUAUAACACACAGGGUAGACUUUUUUCAUUUUAGACGACUCUAUCUACAGGGCUAUUACAUAGUUCUAGUAAUAUAUAAGCCUCUGCAUUUCACAAAGAUAGGCAAUGAGUAGUGAAAGACAUCUUGAAUAAAUAGAAUAACCUGCUUCUAGUCUAGUAUAAAGAUUUUAUAUCAAACUAUAUUCUUCCAGAUUUGUUCUACAAUGUAUAUAUAAAUCCAUACUUCCUAUCAGCUACAGUAUUGAUGAAUAAAUAAAACAUCUUUACGGAUAUUACAUAUCAGCCCUUGUCAAAACACAAAAGAGAAACAGUUUUAUUGUUAAUUCUACAGACACAAGGUCAUCGCUAUAUAUAGAGUGGAGAGCGCAAUGAACAAUGCAGCAUAUGUAUUGAUUCAACAGUCCUUGUCAAUCAGUAAAACUCUCGUAACAUAUUGAUCAAAUUAAAUGUUUUGCUUAUUAGAUUCAUCACCUUCACAAACGUGAGUGCUGGAUUAAUCACAUUUCUCCCAACAGUGCAAUCGUUCGGCGCAAUAUAUUAUUACACUUGAAGUACUGGUGCUGAAGUGUUCAAGGUUAAUUUUGUCUGGAAAAUAAAUCAUACAGAUGAACCUGGUGACCAGUUUACAAUGAAUAUUUUUGUCUACCAUAUAUUGAUAUUCCGUUAUCUAUUCUUCAUAGUGCAACAGGAGAAGUCUCAGUUCAUAUACACAUCAUUGUGAACUUUUGUCCAAUGAUAGUCUGACAAGGCAAAAUACCGGAUAUUCCAAUGGACGGUACAAGUUGCAUAUGUUCGUUAUAUUAAAACAAAUAUUUGUACAUGAAUGCUUCAAUUCCAAGUAGAAAGUAUUAUAGGUUUCAGCUAUUAGAUGAUAAUUAUGACACAUGUCAUGAACAUUCAAAACAAAUACCAAAUUUCAUCUUCAUUACCAUUCUUCAAGGUAAAUCUAGUGAGUUAUGUGAUAUGUUGUCAUUUAGUAAGAGUAGCUUUCCCUGUUGAAUAUUCAUCCUUGCUUUUUCCACUUUCCCCAACACCCUACCCUUUUAAUCCCUUACCGUUUUUGUAAUUUGCAUAUAAUUUAAAUGUUUUUGGUGUUGGGUUUUUAAAGUGGCCUUUCUAUUAUAUGUUUCCACUGCAGUUUUUUUUUGUGGACCUACUUUGUCUCUCUUGCUAUGUUUGAGGUGCUGUUUGUUUCCGGGAAUCUACCUUAACAUUUUAUUUUGUCAUUCUGUACAUAUUGAAACAGUUACAUGAUCUAUAAAUAGACAUUACGUUCCCUACAACUUUCUUUUGAAAUACAUGCGUAUUGUGAAAUUAACAGUUGCAAUUUCUUUUCGAUACACCAACUUGAUAUGCUAUUUGAUACUGUAUUUGUAUAUUGUAACACUUACGUUAUAUAAAAAUGUAUAAACA